AUGUGGAACAGACGUUUUGUCUUUUAUCUCCUGCUUUUGCCAGCUUUAAUGAGUCAAACAAUAUAUGGACAAAGAAAGAAAGGAUCAAAGUCCAAUUUACUUGCAAGGAAAAAUGAUCUCCAGGACUCCACUUGCUUCAUAGAUGUUGUCUUCAUCGUGGACAGCUCUGAAAGUUCUAAGAUCAUUCUCUUUGAUAAACAGAAAGAUUUUGUGGAUAGCUUGAGUGACAAGGUUUUCCAGUUGACCCCAGUUCGCUCCUUGAAAUAUGACAUCAAACUGGCAGCCCUUCAGUUUAGCAGCUCUGUCCAAAUUGAUUCACCUUUUUCUUCUUGGAAGGAUCUACAGACUUUUAAGCAGACGGUCAAGUCUAUGAAUUUAAUUGGGCAUGGUACUUUCUCUUAUUAUGCCAUCUCCAAUGCCACUAGGCUACUUCAGAGAGAAGGGCGUAAAGACGGUGUGAAAGUGGCUUUGCUGAUGACUGAUGGCAUUGACCAUCCAAAGAAUCCAGAUGUUCAAAGUAUUUCUGAAGAAGCCAGAACUGCAGGAAUAUUAUUUAUCACUAUUGGACUUUCUACUGUAGUCAAUGAAGCCAAACUUCAUUUGAUAUCUGGGGAUUCAUCCAGUGAACCCAUUCUACUGUUGAGUGAUCCAACCCUUGAAGAUAAAAUUCGAGAUCGCCUGGAUAUCCUAUUUGAAAAGAAUUGUGAACACAAGAUUUGUGAAUGUCAGAAGGGGGAUCCAGGCAAUCCAGGGCCUCCUGGUACACAUGGAAACCCAGGUAUCAAAGGUGAGCGAGGACCAAAAGGAAACCCGGGUAAUGCUCAAAAAGGAGAACCUGGAGAAAGAGGCCCAGGGGGAAUUCCUGGGUACAAGGGUGAGAAGGGUGGACGUGGAGAAUGUGGCAAACCAGGAAUAAAAGGUGACAAAGGAUCCCCAGGGCCAUAUGGACCAAAGGGACCCAGAGGACUUCAGGGCAUUAGUGGACCUCCAGGGGAUCCAGGCCUGAAGGGAUUUCAAGGCAAUAAGGGUGAGCCAGGUCCUCCUGGUCCUUAUGGUCCUCCAGGAGCCCCUGGUAUUGGACAGCAAGGUAUUAAGGGGGAAAGAGGCCAGGAAGGAAGAACAGGGGCUCCAGGACCGGUUGGCGUUGGUGAGCCCGGCCAGCCAGGUCACCGUGGUCCUGAGGGAGCACCAGGAGAGAGGGGCUUACCUGGAGAAGGAUUUCCAGGACCAAAGGGUGAAAAAGGUUCUGAAGGACCAAUUGGCCCACAAGGAUUACAAGGCCUGUCAAUCAAAGGUGACAAGGGAGAUUUGGGACCUGUGGGACCCCAGGGACCAAUGGGCAUCCCUGGACUCGGCAGUCAAGGGGAACAGGGAAUCCAAGGUCCUAUUGGUCCACCUGGUCCUCAAGGGCCCCCGGGACAAGGCUUACCUGGUUCCAAGGGAGAAGUAGGCCAGAUAGGACCUACAGGUCCUAGAGGACCCGUGGGAAUUGGAGUCCAAGGUCCAAAGGGGGAGCCAGGCUCAAUAGGGGUUCCAGGACAGCCAGGAGUACCAGGAGAAGAUGGAGCUGCAGGGAAGAAGGGGGAAGCAGGGCUUCCGGGAACAAGAGGCCCAGAAGGACUCCCUGGAAAAGGACAACCUGGCCCCAAGGGUGAUGAAGGAAAGAAAGGGAGCAAAGGAAAUCAAGGACAGAGAGGAUUUCCGGGGCUUGAAGGGCCAAAGGGUGAUCCGGGGAUUAUGGGCCCUUUUGGGAUGCCUGGAGCGUCAAUUCCUGGACCACCUGGGCCAAAGGGAGAUAGAGGAGGACCUGGGAUGCCUGGAUUUAAAGGAGAACCUGGAAUUGCUCUUCGAGGACCAAAGGGUGCCCAAGGCCCUCGGGGACCAGUGGGCGCUCCAGGACUCAAAGGCGACGGCUAUCCUGGUGUGGCUGGACCUCGAGGAUUACCAGGACCCCCUGGACCAAUGGGUUUACGUGGAGUGGGGGACACUGGAGCGAAGGGAGAGCCUGGCGUCAGAGGCCCUCCAGGCCCAUCUGGGCCUCGGGGCAUAGGAACCCAAGGGCCAAAGGGUGAUAUUGGGCAGAAAGGCUUGCCUGGCCCUCCUGGCCCCCCUGGCUAUGGAUUACAAGGAGCUAAAGGGGAACAAGGACCUCAAGGCUUUCCAGGGCCAAAGGGCGCAACAGGCCAUGGCCUCCCAGGCGAGAAGGGAGAGCAUGGAGAACGGGGCGAUGUGGGAAAGAAAGGCGAGAGAGGGGAAGUUGGAGAGCCUGGAUCUCCAGGAAAACAGGGGUUACAAGGACCAAAAGGAGACCUAGGACUUACAAAAGAAGAAAUUAUCAAACUUAUUUUUGAAAUGUGUGGUUGUGGGCCCAAAUGCAAAGAGACUCCGCUAGAGCUGCUUUUUGUGAUUGACAGCUCAGAAAGUGUAGGGCCAGACAACUUCCAGAUCAUCAAGAAUUUUGUGAAGACUCUGACCGACCAGGUUAAUCUGGACCUUGACACAGCCCGCAUAGGCAUCAUCAACUAUAGCCAUAAGGUGGAGAUGGUGGCUCAUUUGACACAGUUCUCCAGCAAGGACGACUUCAAGCUGGCAGUGGACAACAUGCAGUAUCUGGGGGAAGGUACCUACACAGCCACAGCUCUCCACGCAGCCAACUACAUGUUCGAAGCCGCAAGGCCAGGAGUAAAGAAGGUGGCCUUGGUCAUCACUGAUGGGCAGACAGAUACCCGAGAUGAAAAGAAUCUGACAGAGGUGGUGAAGAAUGCCAGUGACAUCAAUGUGGAAAUAUUUGUGAUUGGGGUGGUGAAGAGAAAUGACCCCAACUUCGACAUGUUCCACAAAGAAAUGAAGCUAAUUGCUACCGACCCAGAUAGUGAGCAUGUUUAUCAAUUUGAUGACUUCAUUACCCUGCAAGACACCCUGAAGCAAAAAUUGUUUAAAAAAAAAUGUGAAGAUUUUGAUUCUUACCUCAUUCAAGCUUUGGGUUCGCCAUCACUUCAACCUGGGUUUGGGAUAUCAGGGGAAGAACUCAGAGAAUCCACUCCGGAGCCUCAGAAAGAAAUUUCUGAGUCUUUCAGUGUCCCCAGAACCCAGGACAAAGAGAGUGAGCCUCCAGAGCCUACCUGGACUCACAGCCUGGCCACCACUCCUUCAUCUGAGGCUGCCACCACACAGGGGCCAUUACUCAGCCCCUCUGAAGAUGGGGCAGAAGAUCCUAGAUGUUUGGAAGCCCUAAAUCCUGGAAACUGUGAUGAAUAUGUGGUUCGAUGGUAUUAUGACCAACAGGUCAACUCUUGUGCCCGCUUUUGGUUCAGUGGCUGUAAUGGCUCAGGAAAUAGAUUCAACAGUGAAAAGGAAUGUCAAGAAAUCUGCAUUCAAGGAUGA